GUGGAGACAGCAAUUUGCGGCCUCGCUUCAUCCGCUUGUUGAGAGCAGGCAGACAGACAGACAAACAAACCCCCUCCUCUUCAUUCCAUUUCCUUCCGAUUCCUCCCUCUCCCACCAACCCUAGCGCGCAGGCAGCAACGAGGCAUGCGAGCACCAAUGCCGGCCACCGAUUCCUCAUCGCCUGCCGCACCGCUCACCUCCAUCGGCCGCUCCAUCCGCUCCCUCCGCCGCGACCAGAUUCCCACCAUCCCGCCCCCUUCCGCCGCCGACCCUAACCACCACGCCUCCUCCGACCUCGACCCCACCGACGCCUUCCAGCGCCGCGCCGCCGACCUCUUCACGGACCUUCUCGCCGAAAACCCCAACGACCUGCUCUCCCUCUCCUGGAUGCGCCGCCUCCUCGACUCCUUCCUUCUCUGCCUCGAGGAGUUCCGCGCCCUCCUCUUCGGCUCCGGGGCCGCCGCCGCUGCCGCGCGCCCGCCUCUCGACCGCCUUGUCACCGACUUCUUCGACCGCGCCGUCAAGGCGCUCGACCUCUGCAACGCCGUCCGCGACGGACUCGACCUCGUCCGCCAGUGGCGCAAGCACCUCGCCAUCGCCGCCGCCGUACUCGCCACUUCGCCCGACCCCGACGCGCCGCUCGGGGAGGCCCAGAUCCGCCGCGCCCGCAAGGCGCUCACCGACCUCACCAUCCUCAUGCUCGACGACAGGGACGGCGGCGGAGGGGUCGUAGGCCAGCGUAACCGCUCCUUCGGCCUCGGGAACAGGGACGCCCGUGCCCGUGGCCAGGGCCACCAUCGCCGGAGCAGCAGCGGCGGCAGCUCAGGCUCCGGUUCCGGCUCCCACCUCAGGUCCUUGUCGUGGAGCGUGUCCCGGGCGUGGUCCGCCGCGCGGCAGCUUCAGGCAAUCGGGGGAGGCCUACCUGUGCCCCGCCCGCACGAUAUAACCGCCACGGGAGGCCUCGCUUCCGCAGUGUACACCAUGGGUGCGGUGCUGUUUAUCGUGGCCUGGGCGCUUGUGGCUGCCAUCCCGUGCCAGGACCGCGGCCUCCAGGCGCACUUCUCAGUGCCCAGGAACUUCCCCUGGUCUGGCCCCAUCUCGACGCUCUACGACCGCAUCCUCGAGGAGUUCAAGAAGGAGCGCAAGAACUCAUGUGGGCUGCUCAAGGAGAUCGACCAGAUUGAGCGGUGCUCCAGGCACCUCAUGGAGAUCACUGACGCUGCAGAAUUCCCCUUGGCUGAGGAGAAGGAUGCUGAGGUGCGGGAGGCCGCGCAGGAGCUAGUGCAGGUGUGUGGAUCCCUCAAGGACGGGCUCGACCCACUUGAGCGGCAGAUCAGGGAGAUGUUCCACCGGAUUGUGCGUACCCGGACAGAAAUCCUUGACUGCUUGAGUGGCACCCAGUGACGAGACAGGCAAAGAGGGUAGGAGCGAUUGCGUGUUGUGAUGCUACUGCUUGAUUGAACAUUGUCUGAAGUGCAGCGGCUUCACCGAUUGAAAUGAGGUAGCUUUUCUCUGCAUAAGUUAGCAACUACAUAUACAUGUGUCUGCGUAGAGGCGUGGCCUUCUGAUAAAUUGGUUCCUUUAUUUUUUUUAAAAAAAUUGAUUUCUUUUCUUUGUAGCUUGUGAAUCCUUACUUGGGCAGUGCUUCGUUCUAAUGGUCUAAUACUAUUUGUUUCAUUCUUCUCA